GGAGGGUAUAUAGGUAAUGUUAUCACCUCCUCUUCCAGCUCGCGAACUGCUUGGUCUCUCAGAUCACUCCUUCUCUCCGAAAGCUUCUACACCAAGUAAAGCCUCCACUGCUGUCCCCUCACCUUACCUGGAUGACAAAUUUGCUGCCCAAUGAGAACACAUACAUAUUGUGCCCGGAGGCUCUAUUAACCUCGAAUUGGUGAGAACCCAAAAUUCCAUAAAGAAAAUCAUGAUGGGAAGAAGUGGCUAUAAGAGAUUGGAAGCCAAGAUCUUGUGAUUCUUUAGAUAAAGUCAAGGCAUUUUUCAGAUUUUUCAGGGCAAAGGCGUUCAAACCCUUCACUUCUUAUUUUAAAGGAAUGAGAGUAUGCAGUGGAUGGGGUCGGUUUCUUUUAUGUCUGCCUCUCAUUUUCUUGUUUCUUCAUAUGUUCUCAGUUUUAGAGUUGCAUCAAAACCCAACUGUGGAAGAUCUGCACAGAAGACAACCUAAGAAAUUUGAUCAUCUGGUUCUUGGACCUGCUGCUGGUGAAGGUUUCCAUGAGCGUCUCCAAUGCCAAGGUAUCAAAGCUGUUAACAAGACUCACUUUUCAACCUCCUCUAACAACUCCAACUUUGGUAACCACAUUGCCUUUGUCACCGUAUUUGCCACCUAUAAGCCCACCGUUGAUAGAUUGGUCAAUGGUAAAUCAAGUGACUUGCUUACCGUUGGGAACACUUCAUACAGCAAAGUGGAGAGAUCAAUGGCCAUUUUGAAUGUCUUCAUUAAUUUCAUUCAGGUAACAAUGCCCCAAAGCAACAUUAUCAUUCUUACUGAACCGUCCUCUGUGCUUCCGGUUCAUAGAAACAGGGUCACUAUAUAUCCCAUUCAAGGUGAAUAUUCACGGGACAAGUUAAUGCUUCAAAGGAUCAGGUCUUACAUUGCCUUUCUAGAAGCAAAGCUUGAGGAGCAUUCUGAGUGGCAGGGGCAAGUUGAUCAUUACAUUUUUACUGAUUCAGACAUAGCAGUGGUCGAUGAUCUGGGGCAAAUAUUCCAUGACUACCCUAAUUUUCAUCUGGCUCUGACCUUCCGAAACAACAAAGAGCAACCCCUGAAUUCGGGGUUUAUUGCAGUGAGGGGCACUCCUGAUGGAAUUCUAAGGGCAAAGGUUUUCUUACAGGAAGUACUGAAAAUUUACAGUACCAAAUACAUGAAAGCUUCCAGAAUGCUUGGAGAUCAAUUAGCCCUUGCCUGGGUUGUUAAAUCUCACCCUUCCUUCAAUGCGAAACAGUUUACCAGACAACAAGCUUUUCUGGCAGAUAUUGCUGGUGCUUCAGUGCUGUUCUUACCAUGUUUACGGUACAACUGGACACCACCAGAAGGCGCAGGUCAAUUUCAUGGGAUGCCUUUGGAUGUUAAGGUUGUCCAUUUUAAGGGAUCAAGGAAACGUCUUAUGCUUGAGUCUUGGAACUUCUUGUCUUCGUCCUCGGCUUCUGAUAUUUCAGAUAUGUUAUGCCUCAUUUUAAAGAGUGGAAGAACCAAGUAUGAUUUCUAAAGUCAACCUUGUGUGGUCAUGGCUCAGCCUCGGGGUCGUCUUCUGUAAUUUUCAUAUGGAAUGACACCCCCACCCAAUUCAUUCGGAUGGAUGGUGGCAGUUUUUUUUCAGCCAUUGCUCAGUGAAUUCUAUAGCACGCCAGAUUUUGCUGAAAGCAAGCCGGAGAAAUGCUAAUUGUUGAAGAUGUGAGCUUAGCCACUGCUGAUAUGUCUUCACUGUUUGAUUGAGUAGGUAUUCUUUGAUUGAACUUAGCUUUUCUUUUACAUCUCAUACAAAUGUUCUCUACUUUCUCUAGAAGAAUUUCACUGUAUUUUCUGUUGGGAGCUUUUGGCCAGUUAAGUACACAAACUUUAAAGGAAUGAGAG